AUGCAACGCUUCUACGCUUUCGCCCUCUCGAGCCUAUACCUCCUGUCUCUUACGACCGCCGCUCCUAUUACGGAGCCACCUACCCCAACCUUGCAAGACGAUGUGAUUAUCACUAUCACCAGUACCCGCACAGUUACUAUUACAUCGUGUCCUGCCGCAUAUUACGAAGGAGCUACCAAAGGCACUCGCGACCACAACAUCUACGGCUGCUUCUGA